AUGCAGGGCGGAUACGAGGCCGUGGACUCGCCGCGGGCGGCGUUCCGCUCGCGGUCGCGCGUCGUCGGCGCCGCGACCUUCCUCUUCGCCGCCGGCGCCCUGGCCCACCUCGGGCGCACGGCCCAGCGGCCCGGCGCCGCGGAGCUCCUGGACGAGGUCGCGGCGUCGUCGGGGAAGCCCACGGUGCACGCCUACGCCGACGCCCUGUGAUCCGACUGCCGGAGGCACGCGCUCACGCUCCACGAACUCAUGUUGAGCAAGAGCGACGUCCUCGACGCCAUCGAUCUGAAGAUCGACUACAUCGGCGCCGCCGCCUCCGUCGAGGAGCACGGCAUCACGCUCAUCCCCGUGAACGAGUACAUGCUCUGCGCCGAGGAGCUCCUGGACCUGCCCCAGAGCGAGUGGUGGCCCUUCACGCACUGCGCCUUCGAGAUCCAGAAGUGCAUGAACUACGUUUCUCGCGAGGAGGCGGGGAUGACGUCGUGCGACGAGGCCGACUCGGGCUCCGACGACGCCAUGGCCCUCGCGGGCACGGAGCGCGACCUGAGCACGUGCACGUGCACGCUCGAGGGCGUCGUCGAGUACUGCGCCGAGACCCACACGUCGACGACCCUCGCCAAGCUCGCGACGUGCAAGGACUCCGACGAGGCGUCGAAGCUCUUCAAGACGUCCAACGCCGUCGCCGACGCCAUCAACUCGGGCCACCCGCUCUGGGUCAAGAUCAACGGCGUCGAGUACGCCGGGCCGUCGGACCCGGACGAGACGACGGCGACGAUGGACGCGUGGGCGGAGCAGGUGCUCAACGUCACGUGCCAGAGCCUCGGGUCCGCCGUGAGCUCCUGCGCGCCCUACGUC